AGGCAGGUGCCCGACAUGGCGAGUGCUGUGCUGCCAAGCGGGUCCCGGAGUGCGGCGGCGCCUCCCGGGCUCCGGCUCCGGGUUCUGCUGUUGCUCCUCUGCGCCGCGGCACUGGUCCCCACAGGUAAUGGACAGAAUUUGUUUACGAAAGACGUGACGGUGAUUGAGGGAGAAGUUGCAACCAUCAGCUGCCAAGUCAAUAAGAGUGACGACUCCGUGAUUCAACUACUGAAUCCCAACAGGCAGACCAUUUAUUUCAGGGACUUCAGGCCUCUGAAGGACAGCAGGUUUCAGUUGCUGAAUUUUUCUAGCAGUGAACUCAAAGUGUCGUUGACAAACGUCUCAAUUUCUGAUGAAGGGAGAUACUUCUGCCAGCUCUACACCGACCCCCCACAGGAAAGUUACACCACCAUCACAGUUCUGGUGCCACCACGCAAUCUGAUGAUUGAUAUCCAGAAGGACACUGCGGUGGAAGGUGAGGAGAUUGAAGUCAACUGCACUGCCAUGGCCAGCAAACCAGCCACAACUAUCAGGUGGUUCAAAGGGAACAAGGAGCUGAAAGGCAAAUCAGAGGUGGAAGAGUGGUCAGACAUGUAUACCGUGACCAGCCAGCUGAUGCUGAAGGUGCACAAGGAGGACGAUGGGGUGCCGGUGAUCUGCCAGGUGGAGCACCCCUCAGUCACUGGAAACUUGCAGACCCAGCGAUAUCUAGAAGUUCAGUAUAAGCCUCAAGUGCAUAUUCAGAUGACUUAUCCUCUACAAGGCCUAACCCGGGAAGGGGACGCGCUUGAGCUAACAUGUGAAGCCAUCGGGAAGCCCCAGCCUGUCAUGGUAACCUGGGUGAGAGUUGAUGAUGAAAUGCCUCAACAUGCCGUACUGUCUGGACCCAACCUGUUCAUCAAUAACCUCAACAAAACAGACAAUGAUACCUACCGCUGUGAAGCCUCCAACACAGUGGGGAAGGCUCAUUCGGAUUAUAUGCUGUAUGUAUACGAUCCCCCCACAACUAUCCCUCCUCCCACAACCACCACCACCACCACCACCACCAUCCUUACCAUCAUCACAGGCCUAACUCAAUGA